AUGACGACUAAGACCAUCCAUGGGAACUCGCAAUUCCAGAAGCCCUCCUCUCUACGCUGGACGUGGGAGUCACCCGGUGGAGGGUACCGUAUUGAAAUAGACCACAUCAUCGUCAAUAAAAGGUUCUGCCUGACGGACGUCGGUGUUGUACCAAAGUUCUAUACGGGAUCGGACCAUCGCCUCCUCCGAGAAAGAUUUUCCUUCACAAGGAGAGCAGAGAAAGCCGCCAAGUUCAGAGAGAGAAAUCCCAGGACUACCAUCAACUGGGAUCUCUUUGCUACGCUAGCCAGCUUUUGGGAAGAUUCCGCAAUGGACAACAUCGACGAGGAAUAUGACCGGCUUGUUGAACACCUUCACGACUGCGCGAAGAAGGCUGAGAGUUUUAAAACCACCAAGAGGCGCCUGUCUCUUGAAAAUCUUGAGCUGAUACGCCAGCGUGGAGCAGCACGAGCCGCAGGGAACCAAGAACUCACGUUCGAGCUCGCAAGGCUUUGCAGAGAGGCGAUAAAGGAAGACCUUAAAGAGAGAAGAGCAGAAGUGCUGGCUGAAGCUGCAGAGGCGGGAAAAAGCAUCCGCUAUGCCCGUCGAGAAUUCGCCAGUCGCAAGACGAGGAUGACUGCUCUCCGAAACCCAAAGGGAACAGCCAUUGCAUCGAGAAGGGGGAUGGAGAAAAUCAUCUACGACUUCUACUCUGAUCUCUUCGACAGCCAUGUCCACUUGCCUCCUCACCAUCUGAGGGAAGAUGGACAAGUCAUUCCAGAGGUUCUCCCGUCCGAAAUACGACAUGCUAUCAUGUCGGUAAGAAAUCGUAGGGCACCCGGUCCCGACAGAAUAAGACCAGAACACCUGAAGAGCCUUCCGCCAGUACUCAUCACCACCCUGGCGAGGCUCUUUACAUGUUAUCUGUCGGAAUGCAAGGUUCCUAAACAGUGGAAGACCAGCAAGACCGUGUUGUUGUAUAAAAAGGGAAAUCCACAUGACAUCGGCAACUAUCGUCCAAUCUGCCUACUGUCCGUCAUCUACAAGCUCUUUACAAGAGUAAUCCUUAACAGGAUUGAAAAAGUCUUGGAUGAAGGACAGCCAUGCGAGCAAGCAGGGUUUCGAAAAGGAUUCAGCACGAUUGACCACAUUCACACUGUUUCGAAACUCAUCGAGGUAUCACGAGAGUACAAGAUGCCGCUCUGUCUCACCUUCAUCGACUUAAAGAAGGCCUUCGACUCAGUUGAGACGGAAGCGGUCGUGGAAGCCUUGGACAACCAAGGCGUCCCUACUCAGUACAUAAAGGUACUUCGAGAGUUGUACAAUAACUUCACGACCGGAAUUUCGCCAUUCUACAAGAACAUCAUCAUUGACGUGAAGAGGGGGAUCCGACAGGGUGAUACAAUUCCACCCAAAAUAUUCACAGCCACCCUCGAAAACGCAAUGCGAAAGUUGGAAUGGGACUACAUGAGAGUGAAGGUUGAUGGUCGGCAGCCACAUCAUUUGCGCUUUGCUGAUGACAUCGUACUGAUAACACCUAGCAUCAGCCAAGCGGAACGAAUGCUGACAGAAUCCGACGAAACAUGUGGAUGCAUCGGUCUUCAGCUGAAUCUACAAAAGAAGAUGUUCAUGUGGAACGGAUGGGUCUCGGAUGCCCCAUUCACGCUCAACGGAACGAACAUAUCCGAAUGCACCAGCUACGUUUAUCUGGGUCGGGAACUGAACAAGAUGAACGACCUCACCCCCGAGCUGGGCAGAAAGAGACGAGCGGCUUGGGGAGCGUACAAGAGCAUCGAGGAUAUAGUGAAUAAGACCAGGAGCACCCUCAUGCUCACGUCUUCAACACCACCGUACUUCCUGCUUUGA